AUGAUUCAUUGUCAUGUUGAUUUAUCGGAUGAAAAAUUGACAGGCAGCGGUGCUCACUUAGUAGAAGCUAAAUUUGUCGGUUUAACUGCCGAAUUACUGGUAAGAACCUUUGAUAAGAAAAUUACUCGGAAAUUAGAUAAAAGAGUUAAUUUAAAAUUAUUGAACCUUCCUCCUUAUUCUCCGUUUGUUAAAAAUCUUGAAAAAUAUCAGUUAGUUAUUCUACUCAGUGAUGAUACUAGCCAACCUUUUCUCCACGACAAAGAUGGCAAAGAACAUUUUAUUAAUAACGUGGACUUAGCCAAAGCCAAAGGCAGUGCCGAAACUUACGCCAUUAAAUAUUUACUCAGUAAAUUCUUCUUAAUGCCGGUGAAAGAUGAGGCGGACCCAGACUAUCACCAAGGAGGCAAUUCUGAAGAGAUAAAGGCGACCAGCAAAAUCCGUAAUUUUUCGAUUAUCGCUCAUAUUGACCACGGCAAAUCGACCCUGGCUGACCGCCUAUUAGAAUUAACCAAUUUAAAAGGUAGUAAUAAAUCUUUGGAAAGAGUUUUGGAUAGUCUUUUGUUGGAGCAAGAAAAAGUUUCUCGCUCUUUGGCCGCUUGUGAGGGGGUAAUUCUUUUAGUGGACGCGACUAAGGGCAUUCAAGCCCAAACGCUAGCCUAUUAUGAAAUUGCCAAAAAUCUUAACUUAAAAGUUCUGCCCGUUAUUAAUAAAAUGGAUUUGCCGUCCGCUCAAUUGUCAAUGGUGAAAAACCAACUAGUCGAAUUACUUGAUUGCCAAGCAAGCGAUAUUUGCUUAAUUUCCGCUAAAACUGGUCAAAAUGUCGAUUUAUUGUUGGAAAAAAUUGUUACCGAUAUUCCUCCCCCUUUGGAAAAGUAA